GAGGGGGAACUCUAUGGUGCGGGAGCCGGGUGUCAUGGCGGAGGGGGGCGGCGGGGCCUGACCCGGCCGCGGGGCCGCGGCCCCCAUGAAGCUGCGGGACUCUCCCUCCGCCUGCCCGUCCCUGUGGCGUUCCCUGCCCUGCCCGCCGGCCGAGCUGCGCCUGGAUCUGGUGCUGUCGUCGGGGCAGACGUUCCGGUGGUGGGAGAGCAGCCCCGGGGCCUGGACGGGAGUGCUGGGGGAGCGCGUCUGGACGCUGAGGCAGGAGCGGGACCGGCUGUGGUACACGGUGUACGGCGAGGAGGGGGCCGGGCCUCCCGCCGGGGCCUCGGGGGCCGAGACGGACCGGAUCCUGCGCGACUACUUCCAGCUGGAGGUGGGGCUGCCGGCCCUGUACCGCGCCUGGGGGGCGGCCGACCCCCUCUUCCGCAAGGUGGCCCGUGACUUCCCAGCAGGGGUGCGGGUGCUGCGGCAGGACCCCGUGGAGUGUCUCCUCUCCUUCAUCUGCACCUCCAACAACCACAUCUCCCGCAUCACCGCCAUGAUCGACCGCCUCUGCCAGGCCUUUGGCCGCCGCCUCUGCUGCCUCGACGCCCGGCCCCUCCACGCCUUCCCCUCCCUCUCGGCGCUCACAGGCGCUGACGCCGAGGCCCGGCUGCGGGAGCUGGGCUUCGGGUACCGGGCCAAAUUUGUGAGCGGGAGCGCAAGGGCCAUUGCCGAGGGGCUCGGUGCCGAGGGGCUGCGCGGGCUACGCACUGUGCCUUACGCCGAGGCCAGGAGGGUGCUGUGUGCUCUGCCUGGCGUUGGCACCAAGGUCGCCGACUGUGUUUGCCUGAUGGCCCUGGACAAGGCGGAGGCGGUGCCAGUGGACACCCACGUGUGGCGCAUCGCCCGGCAGCGCUAUGGCGCAGCGCUGGGCGGCAGGAGCCUGACCCCCCGGGCCCACCAGGAGAUCGGUGAUUUCUUCCGUGGGCUGUGGGGUCCCCGUGCUGGAUGGGCACAGGCGGUCCUCUUCUGCGCCGACCUCCGCAAGGGCCAGGAGCCAGCCAGCAGCCAGGACCGGGACAGGAGGAACCAAGGCCGGGACAGCCGCAGGCACAGCCCUGCUUAGGGACACUCCGGGAGGGACAGAGACCCCCCCACGGUCAGUGGAGGGGGGGAUCACUGCGCCAGCUCCCUGCCUGGAAUCUGCAGGGAUGUGGGCAGCUGCCUGUUCCCUGCCCAUUGUGUGCUUGGGGCGAGCUGUGGCCCAUGGCAGUGUGGCUGAGGGUAGGGGGGUGUCAGAGCUGUGUUUGGCCCCUCCCAGGGCAGAGCCGAGCCAAGCCGUGUUGGCCUCUUGGCUUUAUUACAAGCAGUAAAAUAGAAACAUCCAUUUGGAAAA